AUGCCUGGCGACUCUGUUGAGGGGAGCGGCGGAGGGGCCUUUCCUUGGGCGGUGGGCGUCCGUGGGGUCUGGGGCGCUGGAGUCGUGCGCGUUAUCGAGGAGGCUGCUGCUGCCACCGCCUUCGCCGCCGCCGCCGCCGCCGCCAAGGAGGAGGGAAAGAAGAACGACGACGAGGACGAGAAGCUCGUCUCUCCCAAGAAGGAAAGGUCCUUUACUAGGAAGGCCGCUACUGUUGCCGCCGCCGCCGUCCCUGCCAAGGAAGAGGAGGAGGAGGAGGGGGACGACGACGACGACGAUGAUGACAACGGCAAGGACGGACUACUAUGA